UGGGCGGAGCGCCCAGAGCUUCCGCAGCCGCAGUAGCUGAAGCCGCAGUAGCUGAAGCCGCGGCAGCCUAAGCAGACGUGGCUGUGUGGGCUGGUUUUGUGGUGAGCCAGGCCCAAGUCUCUCCUUAAUGGCAUUGAACGGCUUCCAGCUUAAGGUCAUUGUUUAACAGAAUACAUCAACAGCUAUGCAGAAUUCUGCUCAUGUGGAUGAGUACAGCAGUUCUAUAAAUGGCAAUGCAAGCAAUGAUUCUGAGGUAGCCAUAGAGCAGACCACUGAUUUCAGUACUGAGAUUAUGAAUGUUAUAGAAAUGGAACAGUCACCUGAUGGCUCUCCCAAUGUGAAUGAAGAAAAUACAGAGGAAAAUGAAAUUUCAAAUGUAGAACUACCAGUGACAGACACUGAAGCACAAUUUCCUCCAGAAUAUGAAAAGUUUUGGAAAGCUGUAGAAAAUAAUCUCCAGGAUUUUACUGGCUGGGUAUAUUUGCUGCAGUAUGUAGAACAAGAGAAUCACUUGCUGGCUGCCAGAAAAGCGUUUGACAAAUUUUUUACACAUUAUCCAUAUUGCUAUGGUUAUUGGAAAAAGUAUGCAGACCUUGAAAAGCGCCAUGACAACAUUAAACAAUCAGAUGAGGUUUAUCGACGAGGGCUUCAGGCAAUACCUCUUAGUGUUGAUCUUUGGAUUCAUUAUAUAAACUUCUUAAAAGAAACUUUGGACCCAGAUGAUCCUGAGACAAAUAAUACAGUAAGAGGAACUUUUGAACAUGCCGUUUUAGCUGCAGGAACAGAUUUCAGAUCUGAUAGAUUAUGGGAAAUGUACAUAAACUGGGAAAAUGAACAGGGAAAUCUGAGAGAGGUUACAACUAUAUAUGAUCGUAUUCUUGGUAUUCCAACACAGUUAUAUAGUCAUCAUUUCCAGAGGUUUAAAGAACAUGUACAGAAUAACUUGCCUCGAGAUCUUUUAAGUAGUGAGCAGUUUAUUCAGCUUCGAAGAGAACUGGCUUCUGUAAAUGGACACAGUGGUGAUGAUGGUCCCCCUGGUGAUGAUUUACCAUCUGGAAUUGAAGAUAUAACAGACCCCGCAAAGCUAAUCACUGAAAUAGAAAACAUGAGACAUAGAAUUAUUGAGAUUCAUCAAGAAAUGUUUAAUUAUAAUGAGCAUGAAGUUAGCAAAAGAUGGACCUUUGAAGAAGGUAUUAAAAGACCUUAUUUCCAUGUGAAACCAUUGGAAAAAGCACAACUGAAAAAUUGGAAAGAAUACUUAGAAUUUGAAAUUGAAAAUGGGACUCAUGAACGUGUUGUGGUUCUCUUUGAAAGAUGUGUCAUAUCAUGUGCCCUCUAUGAGGACUUUUGGAUUAAGUAUGCCAAGUACAUGGAAAACCAUAGUAUCGAAGGAGUGAGACAUGUCUACAGCAGGGCUUGUACUAUACAUCUUCCAAAGAAACCCAUGGUUCACAUGCUAUGGGCUGCUUUUGAAGAACAGCAGGGUAAUAUUAAUGAAGCAAGGAGCAUUCUGAGAACAUUUGAAGAAUGUGUUUUAGGAUUGGCCAUGGUUCGUUUGAGAAGAGUAAGUUUAGAACGACGGCAUGGAAACAUGGAAGAAGCUGAGCAGUUGCUUCAGGAUGCUGUUAAGAAUGCCAAAUCAAAUAAUGAAUCCUCAUUUUAUGCUAUAAAACUAGCUCGACAUCUUUUCAAGAUACAGAAGAACCUUCCAAAAUCAAGGAAAGUGCUCUUGGAAGCCAUUGAGAGAGAUAAAGAGAACACAAAAUUAUACCUCAAUUUACUUGAAAUGGAAUAUAGUGGAGACCUCAAACAAAAUGAAGACAAUAUUCUCACCUGUUUUGACAAGGCAAUACAUGGUUCUUUGCCUAUUAAAAUGAGAAUUACAUUUUCUCAGAGAAAAGUGGAGUUUCUAGAAGAUUUUGGUUCUGAUGUGAACAAGCUUCUGGAUGCUUAUGAUGAACAUCAAAUACUCUUAAAGGAACAAGACUCUUUAAAAAGGAAAGCUGAAAAUGGGGCAGAAGAGCCAGAUGAAAAAAAAGUACACACAGAAGAUGCAAGUUUAGCAUCUACUCAGAUGAUUGAUGGAGAUAUCCAAGCUAACCAAGCUGCAUAUAAUUAUAGUGCCUGGUAUCAAUACAAUUACCAGAAUCCCUGGAAUUAUGGACAGUAUUAUCCUCCCCCACCUACCUGAUGGAAAAAAGUAUUUUAACUUCAUAAUUGGUAUUGUUGGGAGUUGAGGGGAACGCACACUUUUUUUUUAAAAUGAGGGGUAUAAACAGCAAAAUUUGAUAAUAUUUGAUAACUUGUCUUCCCUGUUCACAUGUAACUUGAUUUACUUAGUAAUUGGGACAAUAUUUCACUUAAAAGCUAAUAACAAAUGCUAUUUCUUACUUUUUACUGGAGAAUUUUUUUUUCUUAAAUUUUGCAUUAAGUGGUCUAGAAUUCUCAACACAUUUGGAACCAAGUCUUGUAGCCUUAAGAAAAAAAAAACUGACUGAAAGUCAUGUCAGUAUAGCAAGUAAUUUUGAAUAUAUAUAUAUAUCCAUAUAUAUAUAUAUAAAGGGCUGAUUAUUAAAAUGUCUUCACCUCAUCUAUCAAAAAAGAGUUCAGACUUUCAAGUAUUACACUCUGAAAAGGAUUGUGUCUUUGUUCUAACUGUCCUUGUUGUGAUGUUACAUUUACUCAGAAAUCUAAAAAGAUCUAAUCCUUAUAUGGAUAUUCAGUAAGUGAUGAAAUGUCAAAAUAUCCCUUAAAAAAUGAAAAUCAUAUUUUAAAAAUAUGGUGUUUCAGGUAGAUUUUUGUACUUAGAAUAUUCAUGUAUAACUUGUGAGCAGACUUUUUUGAUCGAACUGAUCGUUUUCAUUUUCGUAAUAAAACAAGGACUUCUAUUACAAUUGCUUAUGAAUUGAUUUUUUUUAAAAAAAAACUAUGUUUUAGAAAUUGAACUUGUGCCAAUUUAAAGCAGGCAACAAGCUGGGUAAGACACAUUUUAAUAUUCUUUAUUCAUUUUAUUUUAAAUGCCAAAAAACUCUGCUCCUUGCAUAAUCGUUAUUUUAAUACAGGUCUAAAGAGGGUUUGCCUUGCUCAUACUCAGGAGGACUUAAACCAAGAUCCCAAACUCUUUAGCCACUAACUAGUGCUGUGGACUCAAAAAUCUUUCAUUGGGUGUAUUAUUUACAUCUAGCAAGAGACCCAUUAGUCAUGAUCUAAGGAACAUUACUAAGGAGUUAUUACUACAACAAAAGCAUUUGAGUUUAAACAUAUGUGCUGCUGAAACUUUGUGUUCUGACAAAAUUAACAUUUUAUUAGGUUUUAAGUCAAAUGAGAGCAACUAUUGAAUUUCUAGUUAAGUAAAAUCUAAAAAUUUAAGACACUUGAGAGAAUCUUAGGCAUAUAUAUAGCCUAUAGGCAUAUAUAUAGCUAUAUAGCCCCAUUAAAUUCAAUGAGCCAUCCACAAUUGUUAAUGUAUUUGUUUGUAUUCAGGAUUUUCUAUUUACAAUAUGACUAUUAAAUAAUAGAAAACUGAACCCCAAUCAACCUUUUACAUAGCCUUUUCAAAAAUACAUCCAAAUCCAACUUGAGGGACAUAUUCUUGGAAAUAAGGUCAGUUCUUCAAGUAUAGACAAGGCCACAGGUAGACGUAGCUCCUUAAGUACUAAAAACUUCAAUCGAUGUCUACUAAUUCCACUUCAAAAUUGAGUUUUGCGUUUGGUGGAAUUCUGUUUGGGAAGUUAAGGUUAAAUAAAUAUAUCACAAUAGUCCAAGGCUAAAAAAGAAAGGAUCUAUUGAAUCCCCGAUCUAUAUGGAUCAGAAUAAAGCUACUUUGUAUUCUGUUCUGAAAAGAUUUUUGGGGUAUCACAAUAUAGUGAAUACUUCAAACUGAAGAAUUUCACUUUUUAGAGGGCAUGUUGGGCAAAGUACCUUUAGAAAACAGGCCCCAUUUUCAGUGGCAUAUUUGUCACAACACUUUCUGGAGGUGUUAGGCCAAGGAGAACACAGUGGUAUUCCCCUAUAUGCCAGGUAAUCCUAAUAAACUACCUGUACAAGUCCUUUCCUACACACCUAAGUGAGUAAAAGGAGAAGAGCACUUUAAAGUUUGCAAAAUGAGACAGUACUUCAGAGAGGGAUGAUUUAUGUAUGGCAUCACCACUGUCUACUCAGCAAGCAACUUCUUCAAAAGGUUGCUAUUAUUAGAGAGAUGAAUAUGCUAUGAAUGAAUGUCAAUACCAAGGAGGUUGGGUUUCUCUUUCCCAUUUGAAAGCAGAAAGGAUACUUUGCAUCAGGUUGUCCUUUCUUGCCAUAAGCCCAUUCAGGCUCAAUCUCCAGGCGAGCCUUUUCUCCUUUACUCAUUGUUAAGAGUGCUUCAUCCCACUAAAAGUGAAAACAUAGAAAAGUAUGAUAAAAUAGGAAAAUUUAGGUAGAAACUACAUAGAAAUUCAUCUAAGCAAGUUGAAACAUUCUAGGAGAUCACUAUUUCUUUAUGAACCCAUUACCCUUAUUUUAAAUAAAUCAAGUCUACUUUUACCAAGGCUUAUUUUUUUAUAACACUCGUCUAAACAUUUAUAUCCUUGUGAGGUUUUUUGCAUGUCAGAAUUGCAAUAUAUAAAAGCUUAUGGAAAAGCACAUGGAAUUAAUCCUUCAUUAGCUUUUAAGUGAAUAUCAUACAAGUGAUAAAAUUGAGUUCCCAUAGCAUUCAAGAGGUCAAUAAAAGCAGCAGAAAUGUAAGCAGGUGAAGGUUAUGUGCUAAAAAGUCUAGUUUACAAAAUUCACCUCAAACUCUGGUGAUCAACUGAAAAGCUGAUUAAGAAGCAUAAUAUGUAUACACACAUCCUUUUCAUCUGUGAAAAGGAUACAUUUAUAAAGAAUGGAACUGUCAAAUCACUAAAAUUAACACCCCAGUCCUGGAAAGAAUUCCUACUAUAUUUGGUUUUGUGCAUAAUUCUUAAAAUAUUUUAUUUUUAAUAACCUUUAAUUAGUUCCUAAGGUUUCUAUACUGCUAGCUGAUAUUUUGAGCAUUUACAGUGGAAGUAUUUGAAUGAAAACCUGACUCAACAGAAUUUGAAAGUUGCCUUGUCCCUCACUUAAUAUGAGAUGCUGUACUCUGAGAGCCAAUUCCAUGACUUCAGAAAGUCUCAAUUAAUAAAGGAAUUGAGACUUGUCCUUAUCAAAGUAUCAGAAUUCCACAUGAUUCUUGUAUUGUUCCUACAAAGUAUGUAAGGGACCUUAGAGGUCAUCAAGUCCAAAUCAUCUCAUUUCAGAGAAAUCAAAAUUGUAAUCUGUGUCUUCCUGGCUCAACACUUUCCAUAACUUUGCUACCAGUAAGCUACAUGAAAACUUUUUGUCUCUUAGGUUUAAGGCCCUAAAAGAUAAAUUAACAAGAAUUAUCAGUAACAAGAAGACAAAUCCAAGUUCAUCAUCUUAAAAGUUAAAUGUAAUUGUCUGGAAUGCAAACUAAAAAUUAAAAUUUUUAGAAAUAUUUCACUGGUCAUCCCAGGAUUUACUACUUACUAGUAAAAAAGAUAAAAGAAUUAUUCUAGAUUUGAAAGUGUAGGGCUAUUAAGGGUAAGAAUGACUUUGUCUUUGAUAGGACCUAGCACAAUGCCUUCCAUAGGACAGAAAUGCAAAUACUUACUCCUCUGAUAACUUUACCCACUCCAACUUUAAAACUUAGAGGCUUAGCAUUCUUUUUCUUCUUUGCACCUGUAAUACAAUUUUAAGAUGAUCUAUUUUUUGAGAACUUGAUUUUUUUAUUUAAACAAUAGACAGUAACCAAUUACAUUCUUGCUGAUGUCACUAUGCAGGUUUUUUGGUAGUAUAAAACAAAGUAAAAGCCAAAAAAUCAGAUGACAGAAUUCUGCUUUAAAUGUUCAAGCUUUAUUUGUUUGUUUUUUUCCCCCCAUUCUGUUAGGCUUGAAUGAAACUUAUUUCAGGCCCUAUAAUGCUGCAUCAUUCAAGGCUGGAGAAUUAAAGAGUUCUCUCAUUUCUACUCAGAUUUUGAAUUACUUUGUUGAUAUCAACUGUGAAGGCACAGUGCUAUUAAAAGCUUUUAGUCAGCCAGUGAAAAAGACUUGUUAAUAAGACAGCGUAUAUUUAUAUAGUGCUUUUUGGUUACAAAGCAUUUUCAUGUAAUUAUCUAAUUUUCUUCUCCCAAAUAUAGCCUGUAUAGAAGUGCUGAUUUUUAGAUUCAUUUAAAAACAAGGAAAAGAAAUUUGGAGACCAAAGGUUGAUUUUGUCUGGGCUAAAAUCUAGGUUUCUUGACUGCAAAUUCAGAGAAGUUUGAAGUAAACUGGUGGGUCCCAACCUGGGGGUGGGGAAGACUUAAAAUGUAAAGAGAAACAGCAAAAUCAUUACAGGGGUCUUCAGAUCCACAUGUACCAAACAUUGGCAUUUUUUAAACCUUAGUUCCAAUAAAAAAUGCAGCAUGACUUAUGUAUUACAAUUUAAAAACUGUAUAUAGAUGCGGAUAAGAUUAAUGUCAUUAAAAGUUUUUUAAAUUCAUAGUAA